AUGCGCCUUUUUUCUCUCCAGCACAUUGGUAAAAUCAUUCAGCGUGAUUUUUUCCCCGAUUUGGCCGAACUCAAGGGGGAAGCUCCUGCUGGUGAAACAAUCGACGGUUCUCAAACACCCUCUGGUCCUCCGACUCAAAAUCCCCCACGUGAUCCAACUUCGGUUAGAUUGGACAAGUAUCUUGCUAACAACACAACCGAAGACAAUGCUUCCUUUAUUGAGAUUAUUGAAGAAUCGGAACGAAAACGAGAGGCUAAAUUGGCUGACUUUUUUCCUUCAAGGUCACCUCCUGUUUCUCACUUAGCCAUUGCCGGGAACACUUCAAGCGCCACGCUGGCUAUUGGAGAUGCUGGUCAAAGCUCUGAUUCUUCUGAAACGCAACUGUCUGUCGUCUCUAAAACCACCCCUAGCGGAGAACCCGUAAGACGAGGACCCGCGCCCAGCGUUGAAAGUAUCACCAGCCACAACGCGGUUCACUUCAUUCCUGACGGUGCUCCACUUACGGCGGAAGAACUUACCGAACACUUCAACCGCGAAAGGAAAAUUUGCCCCUCAAACAGUCGGUUCAAGCGGCCCAUGGCUCCCGUUCUGGAUAAACGGAAGAUAAUCGCCAUGGGCGGCGCUCUUAAAGCUGGAAGAUUUGGUAUUGACGGUAAAGAGGUUGCGGGCGUUGAAACUCCACUAGCGACUCCACACGCCGGUAGUUACAAAUUCAUGGACGCCUCGCCGUCACCAUCUCUGUCAGCCUUCGGUGGUUCAAGCACACCCCUGAUGACCUGGGGUGAGAUCGACUCAACACCCUAUCGAUUAGAUGAGGCCACUGGUCGCACACCCGUCGUCUCAUCGGGUUCCUCGUCAAUCGCCACUUUCCGUCUUCCGUCACCGUCGAAGCGCGAGGCACUGGCUCACGAACUGGCCGACAAGGCUGGCAGGCAACGCGCAAAGGGUCGUGCUGAGGCAAUGAAAUUGGCCAAACACGGCUUGUUGAGCCCUCAUAUCUCCAAGCUGGCGCUAUCGCCCGCUGCUCGACGCCUCCUCUCAACCAGUGGAAGGCUAUCCUUUGGUUCCCGACCCAACUCCGGCCUUCGAUCACCAGGGCUGGGGUCUAGUGUAACUCCACGCCGCCUGCCCUCCGACCUGGGAGUCAUUCGUCGACCAUCCACCGCAACCACUAAUCAGGCGCCACCAACACCUCGAGGUGGCCGCGAGACGGACGUACCACGAGCAGACUCGGGUGCCCUGACAAAUGACCUCCUCAACCUCUCGGCUUCGAAAAACUUGGUGUCCCCACCUACUAAACAUGCUUAG